AUGCGUGCGUCAGGCAAGCUGAAGCUUUUCAUAGUCGUCGGUAGGCGAUUGCCUACCGCCAAAGAUCCAAAACCGGUUCCUUACCGUAUGAGAAUUUUUGCUCCAGAUUCCGUAACCGCUAAGUCCCGGUUUUGGUACUUUAUUCGCCAGCUAAAAAAAAUGAAGAAGGGCAACGGCGAGAUCGUAUCGUGUAAGAGGUUGCACCCCAAGAAGCCCCUUACCGUUAAGAACUACGGUAUAUGGAUUCGGUACGACUCGAGGUCUGGGACCCAUAAUAUGUACAAGGAGUACCGUGAUCUCUCGGAAGAAGGAGCGGUAACCCAAAUGUAUCGUGAAAUGGGUGCCCGCCAUCGUGCACGUGCAACGUCGAUUCAAGUAAUAAAGGUUGAAGCGAUUCCUGAUUCGAAGUGUCGGCGGCCACACGUCACGCAGUUUCACGACAAGGAUCUCAAGUUUCCUCUUCCUCACCGUGUCAAUCGUCGCCUGCAUGCACCUCGUUUCACCACUGCACGCCCUCUUACGACAUUCUAA